AUGAAGCGGGAAUGUUAUCCGACAGACUCCCUCCCAGGGUGGCUACGCCUCAAUGGAGUCACUGCAAAUGGAGUCGCUUUCCAAAAGCUUGGAUCGGCCGAAAAUAAUACAGACAAGGGCAACGCCGUUGUCGCAACAGAGUCCAGGACUAGCAGGGAAAGUGAUACACAGCCGGAGAUUCUCCUCCGAGUUCCCUCCGAUCUGGUGCUAUCACUAGAAGCUGUGCAUGGAUAUGCCAAAUCUGAUCAGCAUUUGCGUGAGGUGCUGGAUGUAGUGGGUGCAUUCGGUACGACAGCAAGGGGCGCUAUCAUGAUAUUCCUUCUACUCGCAAUCACACAUUCAAGUCCAGACAUAUCUCAACACGUUGGUGUAUCGAGUCCCUGGACAGAGUACAUCAAGUUUCUCCCUCCAUCAUUUUCUCUGCCCACCUUCUACUCUGCCGAGGAACUGGAGCUGUUGAGAGGAACUUCGCUUGCAGUCGCGGUGGAAGAAAAAGCUGCAUCUCUGGAGCGGGAGUUUGAGCAUAUUCGUCAAUCUACAGAAGGUAUUCCAUGGUGUCAGCAGUCUUGGUGGGACGAGGAGACUGGCAAGUUCUGCAUGGACGACUGGCAAUAUAUUGAUGCCGCCUACCGGUCUCGCAUGGUGGAUCUGCCGGGGAGUGGGCACUCCAUGGUCCCCUGUAUCGAUAUGGCGAAUCAUGUUGCAGGGACGGACGUGAAAGCGCUGUACGAUGUUGAUACAGACGGAAAUGCUAUCCUUCAGUUGCGCUGGGGUCAGAGUCUACGGCCUGGAGAUGAGGUGACUAUUUCGUAUGGCGAUGAGAAACCUGCAUCUGAGAUGUUGUUCUCAUAUGGAUUUCUGGCCGAGGACCAGUCCGAAGCCAAGCAGGUCGUUUUGGACAUGGCCCUGCCGGAUGAUGACCCGCUUGGAGUUGCCAAAAGCAUGUUUUGUCGAAGCACUCCUGGACUCAGGCUCUUUACAGAAGAUGGCUUAGAUCAAGGCACAGCGGCUACAGCAUCGAAUGUCACAUGGGACAGCCCAUUCGUAUGGUGGGCAAGCGUGAACGAAGAGGAUGGCUUGUACAUUGGCAUUGCUCAAAGGACAGACGGAACCAAGGAGCUCGAAGCAACCUGGAAAGGCGAAAAGAUCCAGUCUCCUGACCAGCUUCAAGGACUUCUUGUAGCAGAUCCGUCAUGGGAGAUCUUCAAGGUACGGGCCGUAGUGCUGGUCCUCGAGCGAGUAGAGGCUCAAUUAUCUCUGCUCCAUCAGACAGAGCAAGUAUUGGAGGAUCUUCGCGAGAAUAAGGAUCUUCCCAAAACACUUUUCAGACCUGAAGUUCUAGGCCUGAUUGCUCAUUUACGGAAGCUGGAAGGGGACUUGCUGCAAAGAGCGAUUGAGAAUCUCACGGCACAGAGAAACGAGUUGCUGGAAUCGGAAAAUGUACUGGCCUACCUUGCGAAGCAAUCUCAAGCAGAGGAUGUAGAAGAUUUUUCAUGA